UUGGAUUGUGACAGGUCAAUCAAGCCCCGAUGCCAAUGACGUUGAUCGUACAGUGGUAACACCGUAUCGCUUGGGUUAUUCGCAUUAUAGUUACUUCUACAUUUAAUGGAAUAUAAUGCUUAAUGUGAAUAAAGACGUCGCCAAGUCUUAUUUUCCGGCUUAGCCAGUGUAGGUUAGCUUUGAAUUCCACAGCCUUGCGGUUGUCGUUUAUUUUGACAGCAGCAUUUCAGGGAGGAGAGUGACGUCUGUCGUACCACGGCAACAGUGGGAGGGGGGGGGGGGCAAUUGGCCACCUUUGUCCCUACUGAGCAAACGAUGAACUGAGCGUCGUCCACUCCACCAAACCCAACGUUUGAGUGUGUGCGCGUGUGGGUGUUUGUGUGUGUCAGAGUUCCUUCAGUGGCAUGCAUGACCGUGUCUGGGGCUAUCUGUGCAAGAGUAAGAGGUCGUAGGUCACACCCACCGAGGGGCCGUUCUCUUCUUGACUGACGCGGCCGUCCGUUUCCGCUGUCCCAAGGCACCAUGGGAAGGAAAAAGAUCCAGAUCCAGCGGAUCACGGAUGAGAGGAACAAGCAGGUGACGUUCACCAAGCGGAAGUUUGGCCUGAUGAAGAAGGCGUACGAGCUGAGCGUGCUGUGCGACUGUGAGAUCGCCCUCAUCAUCUUCAACCACUCCAACAAGCUGUUCCAGUACGCCAGCACCGACAUGGACAAGGUCCUGCUCAAAUACACAGAGUACAACGAGCCGCACGAGAGCCGCACCAACGCCGACAUCAUCGAGACUCUGCGGAAGAAGGGCUUCAAUGGUUGCGACAGCCCCGAGCCCGACGGGGAAGACUCCAUCGAUCAGAGUCCCUUGAACGAUGACAAGUAUCGUAAGACUACCGAAGACCUGGACAUCCUCUUCAAGCGCUACGGACAGUCGACGGCGACUGCCCCCUCAUUCUCCAUGCCCGUGACAGUCCAGGCGUCCAAUCAGAGCCCACUGCAGUUCAGUAACCCGGGUAACACCCUGGUGACCACGUCCUAUGUGACCUCCUCCACUCUCUCCGACACGCACCUCCUGUCGCCACAGCAACCGACGCUCCAAAGGAACACGGUGUCUCCGGGGUUGCCACAGCGACCGGCCAGCGCAGGAGCUCUUCUAGGAGGGGAUCCCAACAAUUCUAACGGCGGAUGUCCAAGUCCAGUCCCUAACGGAUACAACAGUGCCAGGGCCUCCCCGGGCCUCCUCACCGUCUCCAACGGCAACAGUCUGGGGAAAGUAGUUCCGGCCAAGUCCUCGCCGCCGCCCCCUAGCCCCCAGAUAGUGAAUAGCCGCAAGCCAGACCUGCGAGUCAUCACCUCACAGGGUGGGAAGAGCCUCAUGCAGAUGACAGAGGAUGAGCUGGAAUUGGUGAACGAGAACGCCCAGCGGCUAGCCGCGGGGGCCCAACUGGCCCAGACCCUCACCACGCCCGUGGUCUCCGUGGCAACGCCCAGCCUGCUGGCCCAGGGUAUGCCCUUCUCCGCCAUGCCCACCGCGUACAACACAGAAUACCAGCUGACGAGUGCUGACAUCACGGCUCUGCAUGCCCUGGCCUCACCUGGCGGUCUGCUGCCCACUAACGUGACCUGGCAACAGCAGACUGUAUCCCAGCAACAACCACAACAACAGCAGCAGCAGCAGCAGCAACAGCAACAGCAGCAGCAGCUGAGUCUUGCGUCACUCAGCAACCUGGUCAUGUGGGGUAUGGACAAGCAGAGCAGCGAGCUGUCCAGCCAGGUCUCGUCUCUGGCAGCAAAUCUGAGCAUUGGCUCUCCGUCCAACCUGCUGUUGGGUAGAGAUGAGUGGUUGGGCCGGCCCGUCUCCCACAUACCGCAGGGCGCCAUGCUGACCGUCAACACCGCCUCCGGGGUGAGCAUCAAGUCCGAGCCCGUCUCGCCCGGCCGCGACCGCAGCACGCCCUGCCCUCCCCCCGCCUCCACCUCCGCCUCCUCCUCCUCCACCUCCUCCACCUCCAUCCUGUCGGCCCCGCCCCAGUACCCGGGCUCGCUGCUCUGCCUGGAGCCGCCCACGGGGCGCUCCCCCGCCGACAGCGUCAGCAGCAACGCCAGCUCCUACGAGGGCAGCGACCGCGAUGACCCUGCUGCCGCCGCCGCCGCCGCCGCCGCAGGGGCUGGGGGCGGGGGAGGGGGAGGCGAAGGCACGGCGGCGGGCGGCGGCGCAGGGAACGCCGGCCGGGCCCCGCCCCCCGACUUCGGGCAAUCGGCGGAGCUGCUGAGGGCGCAGAGCGAGCAGGAGCAGGAAGGGGGUAACAUCAAGCGCAUGAGGCUGGAUGCCUGGGUCACAUAGAGCAGUGGGGGGUUGGAUUAUGAUCUGCACGCCCUUGAAGACACUUUGCACCACCCGCAAGACACACCCCUGUCUUAAGCCACACCCUCCUUCACUUAUUACCCCUCCCCCUCCCAUCACACAUUUAGCCUCUGUCCAGAAUUGUACCCACUCCGUCCUCUCCGCCACUGCCCCCCCAGACUCCCCUGUCUCUGGGCAACCGUCAAUUGGUGUGGGGCAGGAGACGUGGCAGCCCCCCCCCCCCGUCUCUCCGAGGCAGGGCAUUGGAUAUAGAGUAAGGGACUGCGAAACCUGCUGACCCCAAUGCACCCACCCACCUUUCACACGUAGUCGUUUCUUUCAGUAGAACUGAAUAUUACUGUCGAAUACUUAAUUGCAAAUGUUGAGAAAUGGACUGGAAAAAAUCCCUCAUCUAGGAGCGUGGAUUAGAGUAUAAGUGGUUGUGGAGCGGUGUCUCAGUGGGGUGUCUUCAGCCAGCACGGUCCACGUAAUUGCCGUCACGUACUCCGAUGGGACGGUGGUGGUGGUGGUGGUGGUGGUGGGGGGGGGGUCCGCAUCACGGGAAGCUCACCGAACUGCCCAGUGCCAUGUUCCCACGCACACCGUCUGUGUUCUUCCAGUUGUAUCACUUCCAAGCGCCGCUUUGGAAAAACGACUUUUAGCUCUGGCACACGUGUUUUUUAAUGGGAAGAACCAGCGCAGUGACACGCACUUAGACGAGGGAGAGGGAGGGAGGGAGGGAGGGAGAGAGGGAGAGAGGGAGCCGAGCAAGGCUGCAGAGUGAGAAUAGUUCGGGUUUUUUCAGUCGGCCUGCCACGAUUACCCCCCGUCUCCCAUCGGGGGGCGCUCACACACCCUCCAAGCGGCAUUUCUUGUGGUAAGCCCGCUAGCAGCCAAGGCUACGGGCGCCUCCGACGCGUCCUCACCGAGUGCCAAUAUCAACCACCUCACGGAUGCCAAAUGCCUCUCGUUCCGGUGCAGAGACACUAACGAAUAUAUCGCUCGUCCACGGCCAGGACUAACGCUACUACAUAGAACCAUAGAAGAAGACUUUCUUUCUUUCUUUUUUAUCUGCCCUCCCGCUCUCCUUCUGCGCCAUAUAUUUGUUGCAGAAGACGUCCAAGUGGUCACACUGUUUGGUACCGGGUGGAGACGCCAUCCAGUUAACCGGGAAAAACAAAACAAACACGCCUAGCAUGAGAUGUUUGAGCUGAAGGGGGCGUUCACUAGGGAAAGUAUUAGAUCCCCUCAGUCCAAGUGUACUUGUUCUGUUGGUAUUUUGAAAUCAGUUUUUUGAAGGUCUGUUAGUUGUCAAGAGGUAGGGAUUAUGACUUUGUAUAAAAAUCACUCCUUAUAUAUCCAAAAAAAGCCUUGGUGUUCUAUUUAGCUCUUAGUCCACUCUAGUUCUCCUACGUCGGUGGUUUAAAAAAAGAAAAAAACUAAAAACAGGAAGGAAAAAUGUCAUUUUCUAUAUUUCUACAGCUUCAGUUUGGCAGCAUAAGUGAAUUAGCUCUUCAGCUUGGGCGACGUGUAUGUACAUAUGAAUAUAUUUGCAUAGACUUUGCUAGAUACCCCUAAAAACAAGCAAUGUGUUGAUUCUCAGUGGAUCUGUUUGCAUAUAUGAGUGUGUGAAUUGAAACUUGUUUUUGGUGCAGGGGUAACGCACCACUAGGUAGGGCUGGUGAAUUGAAUUGGUUUCAGUAACCUUUUAUAUGCUAGUGUUGAUGGUGUGUGCACUUCUCCGUCUCUCACACACAGAGGCCUUGAUUGUGGUGUCAUUAUAUUGUUGUUAUUAUUAUUCAUUAUGCCACAUGCAAAAAAAAAAAUCAAAGUCAAAAAGUAACACGAUACUUUAUUAUAACCACCAUGAAUUUGGAUGAUCUCGAGUCACUGGCUUCUAGUAUUUCCUAAAGAGGGAGAGAGAGAGAGAGGAGAGAAAAAAAGCAUACUUUGUGUUGUACCUUAUUAAAUUAUAUCUGAUUAUAAUAACCAGUGAAACUAUUUUACAUGGGACUUUUCUAGAUUACGCCUUUUCACGCAGAAGAGCAUGAGAUUGGCACAUGUGGAGCGUGUCGUAUCCGUAAAAAAGACUUGCCCACACACAUCGUUUUGACUGCAGUUAUGGACGUGGAUGUUUUGUGUAUGCGUUUAUACACACACACACACACACACACACACACACACACACACACACACACACACACACACACACACAUCCCAAAAAGAUAAAAUGAACAAACCCACUCACACCAGUUCAAUAUAGUGUACAUAUUAGUGAUGUUUUGGCAUUGUGGAGGUUGUCAUAAGGAGCUAACGUUUAAGUCAUGUUAUAUUUGUGCAUGUCACGACACGGUGGGAGGUUUUUAAUUGAAGUCUUGUCCAAUGAUCUGACGGAACCGCUUAGUAUCGACCAAUCAGCGGCCUACUAGGAAUCAGGUGUUCUCUUCAGCCGGGACAGGUAGACAUAAUGCUCCAUGAUGUCAUUCCUCAUAUGGGGACGACGUGCUUCAUACACCCACUUACUUUUUAAUCACCUCUGUCUUGUUAAACCCCCCAAAACACACUAUGUUUGUCUUCUAGUUUUACAGGAACUGGUGAUAGACUGAAAUAUGUGGCACCACAUGAAUAGGCUUCAGAAAUCGGCUCUCUGCGGGAUAUGUUCAUGUAUAAAGAGGUCCUGUGUCCAAUCUAGCAAUGUAGUCUCGAGACAAUCUGUAUGAGAAAGGAAUAACCUGCACCCGUUUCUUGUUGUGUACAAUGUUUUGAAAAUCUCACUAUUUUUGGAUUGUUAAUUUGUGCUGGUGACAGUUCCAUUGUCUUUUAUGAUAAUAUAUUGGAGCUUUUAUUUGAGUGCUAUUUUUGGUUUAGGAUAGCCUAAUUAUACUUUUUUUACAUUAUCAGAUUCAUAAACAUAAAGUACUGGUUUCCUUUUUGAAACAACUUGCUGAAAUUGCACGAUCAAUUCUUGUGGUAUUAUCAAAUGCAAUGAAGGAAAUACCAGUUAAAUGCUGCAAUUUGAAUUAAGAUAAAGAAUAUAUUUAUAGAACAGGGCAAACAACCGAAAUUAGUAAUCCAACAAAUAAAAAUGGAAAAACAUCAUGCAUGGGAUUCGAGUAAUGACAAGUUGUGUUACAGUAUGAUAAAGGACAUGCAUCACAUUUGAGUUAUAGAAAAACUCAGAAAAUGUAGCAUAUGAAUACUAAAGAUGAAAUUUAUAGCUAAUAUAUUGUGUUGAGCUAGUCUGCUUUGGGUUUUGUUGUAAAGGAAUAUUUCUUUUUUUUUUGUUGUUUUUUGAGAAUGAUAUACAAUUGUGUAUAUUUUCAUAUACAAAGUAUGCACUGAUAUGUUAUUAAAAUUCUAUACCGCUUUUACAAAAAAAGUGUUUGUUGUACCAAAGUAUCCAAGUCCCUUGAAACCUUAUCCUUUUUGCGUAUGUUUUACCGUAUUUUAUAUAUUAAAUAGACAAACUGAGUGAAAUGGAUUUAAACUGUGUUUUAUUCACUGGUGUAAUGGAAUUUAUUAAAACCUGUUUGUUUAAUAGUC